UUUUAGGUUUGUGCUGUUGCUUGUUUGCAAUAAUUGUCGUCUGUCAAAGUGGCUGGAUAUUGGUUGUGCCAUACAACUGACAGUUGUACUUUAUUUAUUUGUGACUCUCCUUAUUGGCUUCGAAAUGCAUGACUUUGAAGCAAUUGAGAGUAAGCCUUCAUGUAACCGAAAAAUCUACUCUCCGCAGUUGAUGGUAAUGGAUAUCAGCAGUAGGUCCAUCUACGCUGAAUGUAAAAAAAAAAUGGAGAAAGCUGAAGCUGAAAUGGCCUUUAACGUGAGUGUCAUGUCAUCAACGGCUUUUGAGAAACGACUGCAAAAGGCAGUGGUUUUUGUUGUGAAUAUUUGGACUUUCACGGAUACGCUGCGCCCUUCAGCAAUCAUUGGAUUCAGCCCUUGCGAUUCUAUCACCGCUCUGCUUGAAUGGGACUUUGUUGUUUAUCCUGGGUAUAUUUACUGCCUCGUUGAUUCACAACUUUCCUCGAAAAGGAGGAAGUGUGACUUAUGGCGACGUUGUUCUGGAGUAUACUCCACAGCCAGUGCCACCAGAUACUAUGAGGAUACGCUUAUAUGUCGCAUAUCCCUUGGACAAAAAAGAGUGGUACAGCCAGGUAUGUUUGCAACGUGCUGGAUUGAUUGGAUUAAUGGUUCAAACAUUCAUUACUGUUGAGCUGAGCAAUUUCGACAGUGACAGCACAAAUGAUCUACGUUCCUAUGUCCCCUUUUUAGAUGACUGCUGGACAAAGCAGUUAGCAGAAGUUCCGAUAGAAGACCGAACCUUGAUAUCAGGGACUUAUGUGUCAAUGUCUGAGCCACAGUUCACGGAAAUGACACCAGCUGUAGCACUUUUGCAAUUAGAUAAAACAGCUGUUGAAUUAGCUCAUGAACGCCAUCUUGCAAAGUAUAUUCGUAGGCGUCUUUCUCUUCUCGGUCAGUUGGAUUCCAACAAGUUGCUUCAUUUGGUUUUCCUCCUUUCCCCGAAAAAGUCUGAUGGAACAACAGAAAAGGAUAAAAUCGAAACGAUACUUGACUUGAGCGUCAUCAAAUCUGCUGCCUUCUACUGCAUGCCUGCAGUUGCAUCCCACGUGCAUCGUUCUUUACGGGAUAUGAGUCGUGCAAAUGUUUUGCCGACUCGUCACUGUUGGCGUGUGAUGAGUUGGCAUGGUGAUAGAUAUACACUGCAGCAUACAAAGGGUGGUAUCAUCGCAUGUUAUUUGGGUGCUGUUAUGCAUGAAGUUGGUCAUCUGUUCAAAAUUCCUCAUACUAAUUCUGGAAUCAUGUGUGAUGGAGGUGAAAAUAUUCAAACAUUUUUUUUGCCUCUUAAAAAGAUAAAUUUGGGUUUUACGGAAAAAGAAUUUCCAGAACUACAAAGGAUAAAAGGGAAUAAUGUACGCGUUAUCCGCGUUCAGUUGCGUCAUGAAUUCUUAGUCAAACGAAUCAUGGAAAGUUCACUCGACUCCAUAACAAAAUUGCUGAUGAUUGUCCACCCCUUAAUUACACACAAACCACGUGGAAAAAUGUGUCGGAUUUUAUAUGACGAGGAUACUGGCGUUGUGGAGGCAGAGUCAGGAGUGCGUUAUCUGGUCUACUACACAAAUGACAGUGUUAAACGUAUUUAUUCAUUUACGGAACAGCAUAUGAAGAAAAGACUGAUUCUCAGAGCGAAGGAUUUGGCAGUUCGAGCUUUGAUUGUUACUGGCGAAGGUAAUUUUUUAUCAGUUCUUGUGACAAACACCUUGUGAUUUUCCGAUAUCCAUAGUUAAAUUUUACUUCGAAAUUUUUUUCUAAACUGCGUAGAAUCAACACUUAUAGCUGU